CGCAGCAGCUCGCGCUCGCUGAAGAGACUCCACCUCGCAAUACGUCUGCCGCUGCCGUCGCUGCGCGCGCCUAGCUUCGGCGCCGCAGUUUCCUCUGCCCGCUCAUGAGCGGCGGCUUCGGUGGGCCCGGUGGCAGCUCCGCCAGCUCUCGGGCAGCCGCGCCGUUCCCAGCCUCUCCGACGCUCGCGCCCGCCGCCAGCGCCUCUGCGCCCGACGCUGAGCUCGGCUCGCUGGCCAUGCUGCCUUACACGUCCGGCGGCGAACCAUCAGCCGGCUCUCCCUUCUCGCUGGCGGCGUAUGGGCUCGGACUCGAUCCCUUCUCGGGCGACCCCGACGAUGUGUACGCACCCGGGCCCUCGGCUUUCGUCUCGGGCUCGCAGAUCUCGAGCGCCGCGCCGCCGCCUGCAGCAGCGUGGCCGCCGCAACCGCUGAAGGACGAGACGAUGCUGGCACCGCCCGCGCCGCAGCCGCAGGCUAACGGCCCGCAGGCGCAGAAGGCGUCAGGCUCGGGCUCGAGCUCGGCGCCGGCAGAAGAGAAGAAGGCGCCGCAGGCGGUGCAGCAGAGCGCAGCAGGCGUGCCGCUGGCGCGCAACAAUCCGUUCUUGAACAAGUUGAGGAGCAUGGUCGACGAUCCGAACACCGACGAGCUGAUCAAGUGGGCUCCGCACGGCGAGUCAUUCCUCGUGCCCAACCAUGUGCGCUUCGGCGACGAGGUGCUGCCUCGCUUCUUCAAGCACAAUCGCUUCAGCUCCUUCGUGCGGCAGCUCAACAUGUACGGUUUCCACAAGGUGCCGCAUUUACAGCAGGGUGCGCUGAAGCACGACUCGCCGCAAGAGGCCGAGCUGUGGGAAUUCAAGAACGAGCAUUUCCAGCGCGACCGGCCCGAGCUGCUGAUGCUCAUGGCGCGCAAGAAGGGCAACAAGCACGAGGACAAGGAGGGCAGUGCGGCGCCCGAGGGCAAGGCGGGCAAGGGCAAGGAGAAGGACGACGGCUCGCUGAACCCCAUCAACGGCGCGCUCAUGCGCAAUCAGCCGCACGACGAGGCCGGCGCGCUGCAGCUGGCGAGCGUGUGGCAGGCCAUCCAGUCGAUUCAGGGCGCGCAGGCCGGCAUCAACGACAAUCUGCGGCACCUGCACACGGCCAACGCUGAGCUGCGCCGCGAGGCCAUCGAGCAGCGCCAGCGCAGCAAGAAGCAGCAGGACACUAUCAACAAGAUGCUGCGCUUCCUCGCCGGCGUCUUUGGCGCGCAGGACGGCUCGGCACCGGGUGCGGGCUUGGAGCAGACGCGCGCGCAGAGCCCUGGCGGCAGAGGCGCCAGCUCGCAGGGCUCACCGCGGCGCUUCACACGGCCGAUGCGCCAGGGCGGCAGGCUGCUCAUCGGAGAUGGCAGCAGCCCGGGCGACAAGCACGAGACCCUCGACAUUCUAGAGCUGCCGUCGGACGAUGAGGAGGGCGCGCGAGCCGACGAAGCCGCUGGCCGCUUCACGGAAGCGCACAGUACCUCGCCGCAGUCCGCAAGCUCGCCUUUCGCCUCGUCUCGCUUUGUGCACCUCAACAACUCGCCGCCACAGCGCGACGCGGAGCUGCCUGAUGUGGUGUCAGAAGCCACAGCAACGCCUGGCGGAGGCCGCCGGAUCAGCCAGCAGGCCGGCCGCAACAUCCUCGACGCACUGGCGUCGGGACAGGGCGGCGACUGGCUGGCCGGCCUGUUCGGCGAGUCGCCUGGCGGUGCUGCAGCGGGCAGUGCGACCAAUGCGAGCCAGCCUGCGACGCCUGGCGGCGGCUUCAAGCUCGACCAGAACACGCUCGCGACGCUGCAGAGCGUGCUCGGCAGCGCAGCUGCGCAAGGCGGCGGCAGCGGCUCUUCGUCUGCGCCGCAGUACGACGCGAAUUGGGACGCGACGCAGCCGCAGAACUACUUUGCCAACAACGCCGCCGACGAGGAAGAGCAGCGCUUCAGCAUGCCCGUAGAGGACACCGCCGCUUCGCCGUGGAGCAGCCUGGCGGGACAGGCGUCCGCGAACGGCCCGUAUCCGGCAAGCGCCGCGUCGCCUCUUCGCCGAGCUGCGUCCUCGACUGCGCUCGUGCAGUCUCCUGGCCCCUCCUCUCGUACGCUUCCGUCUAGCAACUCCUCUGCUGGCGGCUCGGGCGGAGACGGCAACACGCUCUCGCCAGCAGCUCAGGCUCAGCUGGCGCUCACACUCGUACGCGCCAGCCAGAGCCUGCAAGGCGCCUCGGGCGAUGCCGCGACCGUGCAGAACGCCAUCAACGCGCUGGUCGAGGGCCUGAGGCUGGACCCGCAAAGCACUGCGAACGCUCUCGCCCAACAGCAGCAGCAGCAGCAACAGUCGACGCCGACGCCGGCGCGCAGCGACCAGACGACGCCGACAGCGCAGACGUACCAGGGCUAUGACAGCGCGGCACCGUACGAGCCCACGGACGUCGACAUGGAUACGCUCUUCAACGAGCUGCUCACUGCGAGCGGCAGCGGCGCGACGCCAGGCCCCGAGCCGGAGCUCGACGUCACACAGCAGGGCGCACGCAUCGCGCCGGAGAGCGUGGGCGCCUCGCCGACGAACUCGGGCAAGGCGAGCUCGGCCAACAGCACCGGCAACAGUCCGGUCAUCCCGCAGAGCGGCACGGCCUCGAGCGCCGCCUCGUCGCGCGGCGUCUCGCCUGCCGUCGCUGCCGCUGGUGCCGCAGCUGCCAAGGCCGGCGGUGCAGUCGUCGCUGGCGGCACGCCCGACGCUGCGACGCCGCCCACGACGACGCGCAAGAAGCGAGCGCCGCCGCCCGAGUUUGAGGGCGUGCUGGGCAAGGACAUCGAGCGUGCCAACGAGAAGGCGCGCAAGGCGCCGCGGCGCGCCUCGGUGAAGACGGCGGGCGAGGCCUGAGGCGGGCCUCUGGCGACUUGAAGGACGAGCCCGACGUCGUCCGACGCCCCUCACUGUAUCACAUAGCUUUGCUGCGCGAGGGCAUUUCCCGUCGCGAGCACCUCAUACCACAUCAUCGCGGCCCGGCCUGGCGCUCAGCCGUGGCCGGGCUCCGCACGCUCCUCACCUCUCACCUCAGCCGUCUUCCCACCCACCGCUCUUCAGGAGAAACGGAGGCUCAGAGAAUCAGCACUUGUCCUGGCCUCAACAUCC